AUGGAAGCUUCAGCCUCCCAUAGUUCAUGGGAUGAGCCACUCACAUAUGUAUGUGAACAAGAGUACAAAGAACUCACAGCAUCUCAGUUUAUAUUAAUAUAUGCGGGAAUGGCUCUGGGAGGUAUUAAACUUGUUCAUUUUCCUAAAUUUUUUGACUCCAUGGAAAGUUGCAACUGA